UUGCAAUGGAGCAGUUUCAGAGAAAACCGUUCGAAAUUUCGGACCUUAAUUGCCUGUUAAAUAGGUCAUAUCCUUUGUGAGACGAACAAACACUCGAGAAGUGAGAUGUAGAGUAACUGACACACAGACAGACCCAACUACCAUACCCUCGCUGCACAUGCGCGCCGAGGAUAAUAACCCUUUUACACCAGUAGUGUUUUAUAAAUGUCUACUAUCUAGGGAUGUAUCUGAGCUGGAUCGUAUUUAUAAGAGAUGGAAAUGAAGACCAGAUACCUGGGAUGCCUGACAACUUUAUCAACUUUCGAAAAAGACGGAGGUUGGCUACUGUACUACAAGAGAUUCAGCAGUACCAAAACACCCCUUAUUGUAUUGAGCCUGAACCAACUAUGCAGAAGUUUCUCAUCAGUCAGGAUCCGCAGGGUGAUGCCACACCUCUACAAUGGGAAGAGAAUCUUUUUCAGCAGUCACAUAUCAUUGAACCUAAGGAUCAACCUCCUAUUAGAGCAGUAUGUCUACGUAUUUACAACGCAGAUAUUUAAACCCCU